UCAAGUCAGCAAUAACCAAAACUAUCAGGACACAAGGAUCUGCAAAAGGCGGGCUGUCUUAUUUUUUUUUGUAAACAGUCAGUAAUUCAUAAUGAAAGUGUUUUUUGUUGUUAUCAACUUAUGUUUACUGUUGCUACAUGGAACUGAUGGUCGGAAGUUUCGCGAUGACUACUCAUACUACCCUGAGGCCGAGGGCUGGCUUAAAUUGCAUCAGAUACCUGCUAAUUGGAACAGUGCAUGGCUAAAAUGCUUUCGUGAAGGUGCCAUACUCGCUUCCCCCGAAACCAAGAACUUAAACAGCACGAUGAGGACUUUAUCAGCAAAUCUUCAGAACUCCUUAGCCGUGUACACGGGAAUCCAUUCCACCUUUUCUAAAGGAGACUAUUAUACUAUUGAAGGUACUCCCCUCUCAAAAAUUAACGUGUCUUGGGCUCCUGGAGAACCUGACAAUUUCGAAAACAAGGAGGACUGUCUCGUUAUGUACCAUAAUGGCACCUUCGCGGAUAAGGACUGUAACGGCGUCUACCCUUUCCUCUGCUACAAGAAAAAGACUAGGCUAAUUAGUAAUGCUUGCGGGACCACUGAUCCAGGAUACACAUUGAACAUCAAAACCGGCAGCUGCUACAAGUUCCACCGCUCCCCCCAAAACUGGACUCAGGCCUUUGCUGCCUGCUCGGGAGAGGGUGGACACCUUGCUAUCAUUAACGACAAUGUGGAAGCUACUGCAAUCAGAGAUUUGUACGGAAAAUAUCCGGAUAGCGCCAUGCCAGGAAACUUUGAGAAGCAAAUGGCGCAUAUUGGAGUAACUGAUUGGGGUCAGCAGGGAUUAUGGGUUACGAUUCACGGAGAAACACUCAAAGACGCAGGUUACGAUAGUUGGAUGAACGGCUACCCAUCAGUGGAUUCAACGGGAAUCUUUAACCGGCCCUGUGGGACUGUGUUCAGGGAUGGACGGCUGGCUAACACGAGGUGUGAAAGGGUUAGACCUUUCAUUUGCGAAAAAACACCUGACAGCCUGGAAGAAGUUGAUUAUUAUGAGUAAAAAAAGCGUAAACGCACAUGGCAGACUGGGAGACUUACCCCCUUAUUCAUAAACGUACGCCAAAGUUAUCAAGCCGAUAAAGGUCGUUUGUCCCUUUCUAUCGCACCAAUACGUCGGAAAGGGACAAACGAACUUUAUCGGCUUGAUAACUUUAGUAGUAGUAGAACGUUUAUGAAUAAGGGGGAUAGACUGGUAAGAUUAUGAGUUAACGGUACCUAUUGCUAAAAGAUACGUUUAAAAUACGAUUAAAAAGGAUACGUUAUAGAUUAGUAUUUAAUAAACGUGAUGAAAUAAGUAA